AUGGCACUUCGAGAUAUAACACAAGUGGAAAACAAUAUCCCCAAGACUGGGACUUUCAAACGAAAUCUACUAAACUUGCAUGGCGAUGACGAUAAUACGUUUUUACCGCCCGUAUUGAGCAGCUACGCCAUAUCAUUACUUGGCGAAGUGAAUGCCAACAAGCUGCCUCAACAGCAACAGCAGCAGCAGCAUCGGCAACAACAUCAACUCCCCAACCAGCAUGACGAUUCAUCAAAACCUACAACAAUUACAGGAAUAUACGAGUUGGACUUCCCUGAUAAUGAACACAGAAAUUCCCUCAGAAAUAAACUCUCCGUUCAUUUCAGUGAAUCCAAAGAACAGCAGCAUCAGCUCCAACAAAGAGCUCAGGACAGAACCAAUAACAGCACUAAUAACAAUUCGAACUUUUCAGUUUAUCAGGAUUACGAGAACAAUUUUUCAAGUCAUUCUUCAAUGACAACAAAUAAUCAAACCAUUUCGGAAGUGAAUGAAGAGAUGAAUGAUUCCUUGCAUAACCACCAAAGUAAUAACAGCACCGGUAUACAUAGUAACAACAGCCCCAAAAGCUUACCUUCAGGUGGAAACGAAGUGGAUACACAGAAAAGUGGGCAUCUGCAAGUACAUAGCAUAAGAAAGUUUAGAGGAUCGAAGAGGUUUGGCAAGCUAUUGGGACCCCCAAAGAGAAGUAAGCCUCAAAGUAUUGAGAAUACCGUUGAGCCAAGUAACAGUAACAGUAAUUUCUAUGCGUCCAAUUUAACUACCCCACCACCAUCGUACAAUGUUGACUUUUCUCCGAGGUUGAAAACACCGACUAAUGAACACCAAAUGAACAAUGGAAACAUUCAUGAAACUCCGCCAAACUUUCCCAUUCAAGAGAAGAGCGACACUGAACGUCCAAAGGUAAAUUCCCCACAUCCCAAGGCAUCUCUUAAUGAUGAGCAUAAACAGGACGAAUUUGGUUUUAUGUCUAGCCAAAAAAGUGAAGAACUUAGGGAAAGAAUAGAACAACAGAAAUUGUUAAACGAGUUGGAGAGACAAAGACUAAAGCAACUUGAGAGAAUGAACAAAUUGGAUGAUAUUGUCAUGACAGGGCAAGAGAGCAAAGAUGACCAGGAUGCGUUACGAAAGGAGAAUAUGUUUAAAGAAGUCAACGUAGAAAGAGAAAGAGAGUUGGCAAAUAAACGUGUACACGAAGAUAUUGAGUUCAGAAAACCAAAGACUCCCCGGGUAUCUCCUUCUUUGGAAAGACCAAGAGAAGUUCCAGUACCUAUGGUCCAAGCACCACCUCAACCGCAGCCACGAGCAGCAUCUGCAUCUAGUAAAAAGAAAACUAUCACCAUAAAUGGAGUUCAGUAUGAGAAGUUAGAACUUUUAGGGAGGGGUGGUACAUCAAAGGUCUACAAAGUGAAGUCCCUUUCAAGUAAUAAACUUUACGCGAUUAAGAAAGUAACAUUUGAUCAAUUCGAUGAAACGUGCGUUAAAGGAUUUAAAGGAGAAAUUGACUUAUUGCUAAAAUUAAAGAACUUGGAGAGAGUAGUUCAAAUUGCGGAUUACGCGAUUGGCGAAGGCUCCAUAUAUGUGGUUAUGGAAUGUGGAGAUGUAGACUUGGCACAUGUACUCCAAAAUAAGAUAAGUAUGAGUCAAAAACUAGACCUUAACUUUGUCAAGUUUCAUUCUAUUGAGAUUCUUAAGUGUGUUCUAGCUGUUCAUCAGGCUGGGAUAGUACAUAGUGACUUGAAGCCUGCAAAUUUCCUUUUUGUUAGAGGCAUAUUGAAAAUUAUUGAUUUUGGAAUUGCCAACGCAGUCCCAGAUCAUACUUCCAAUAUUUACAGAGAAUCACAGAUUGGGACUCCGAAUUACAUGGCUCCAGAGGCCUAUAUUGAAGUUAAUCAAUCAUUCCCUGGAUUACCUGAUGACUCUUAUAUAAAUAGUGGUCAUGGUGGUAAAAACAGCAAGAACACCUGGAAAGUUGGAAUGCCAUCGGAUGUCUGGUCAUGUGGAUGUAUCAUCUAUCAAAUGAUAUAUGGGAAACCACCGUAUGGUCAUUACUCAGGAAACCAAAGAAUAAUGGCAAUUAUGAAUCCUCAGGUUAGGAUUCAAUAUGCCGCAACUGGUAUUGGAGGAGUGAAAGUUCCUGUGAGUGCCAUUGAAUUGAUGAAAAAGUGCCUCGCAAGAAACCCGAAUGAAAGAUUGACCAUUGAGCAAUGUUUGAACUCCGAUUUCUUACAUCCCAAAAUUGUCAAUGAAGGAUACAUCAGAGAUUUGGUUCAUCUGGCAGUUAAUUUUGGAAUUAACAAUAGAGCUGGAGGAAGUGGCAUUAUAACCGCAGAAAUUUACGAUAAGUUGGUAGACGGAGUAUUGAAGCAGAUAGAAGAACUAAAUUACGGCUGA